AUGCAACCAAGCACCACGUCGAAGGCCCGGGAAGCUGGCCCUCGGAAGUAUGCCUAUAAUAUUGACGCCGCUCGGGAGCGGGAGAUGCACUUGUACGCUAAGUUUCGAUGCGCCGCAGUCCUUCCUCUGACCAAUGGUGCUAAAAUAGACAAUUCCUUCCAGAUAUCUCCCAUACUGGGGAUUCUCGCAGUCCGAAAAGUUUGCGCAACAGUCGACGAGCACUCAUAUCCUUAUUCGAUCGGACAAGUCAACAUGUGGUCGCCGAGUCCACUCGCCGUUUUCGGAUUCGAAGUCCUGAGAGCGGCGAGGGCCCCGAUUCCCUAUGGCGUGGAGUACAACAGCUUCCCCGGCAAAAAAUCCCCGAUGUGCGAUCUGGCAAUGAAGAGCUUUACAGGGGAAGACAAGGAUAUCUUUAUGGUUCCUGAUUUGACAAAAGACGAACGGUUCAAUUCCCAGCCUUUUGUCACCGGGGCUCCGUAUCACCGGUUCUACGUUUCGGUGCCGAUCACGACUCCCGACUCGUAUAUUAUUGGCAGCAUCGCGGUUCUGGAUGAUAAGCCGAGGGAUGGCCUGACAAAAGAGGAAACUCAACUCUUGCAAGACCUCAGUCUCACGGUCAUGGAUUAUUUCAUUUCGCAACGAGCAAUGCGUGAAGAGCACCGGGAGGAGAAGAUGGUCAGAGCAUUGGGGCUUUUCUUCCGUGGCAAGACAGACAUUAGCGAGGGAAUGGAUAGCAAAGUCAAUCCAGACGAGGAUGCGAUGGAUCAUGUCAACAAAAAGCUGGAAGAAAUCCAAGUUUCGUCCGACGAAGAUGAACAGGCGAUUGAAGGUCAGGAGAAAGCGACGCCGUCUUCACCCCAAUCGCCCGAGGACACAAAACACUCGCCCGAGGACACAACCAAGGCAGAGCGCCAGCAGCCAGUCGAAGAAUCACGCUCGAGCAAAAGAUUGUCGCCAGUGCGAAGGUUCACAGACAAAGACGCUCAACCGGACGGGCCGCUUUCUGAGGAAGAACAGAACGAGCUCCGGCCCACAAUAUCCCCGACAACAGAGCGGCUGGAAAACUCGUUUGCCCCAAGAAGAGUUCAAUCCGUUCUCAACAGAGCAAGCAGCCUGAUGAACCAAGCCCUUGAUGUGGAGGGAGUGAUGUUUGUGGACGCUAGCGUAUAUACGCGCCGUCAGAUGAUCGGAUCUGACAGUCAAGAAAAACCUGAGCAGAACACAUCGCUGGAUAAUCAGAGAACUGGACCCAAGAGCCUGGUCCUUGGGCAUUCGACCUCGAAAAUGUCAAUCAAAGAUAAGAACCAACGCGGAAACCAUUAUGUACCCCUGCCAGGCGACUUUAUCACCCAUCUCAUCGACCGCUACCCGCGCGGGAAAAUUUUCCAUAUCGAGAAAGACGGCUCCGUGGCGCUGAGCCACGAGGGUCUCGCAGACGAGGUGAGCCAAAGCUACAAGCAAAGUGACACUACCGCCAAGCCAGGCUCUCCACAAGAGAAAGACCUCAAACGGGAGACCGAGGAAAUCAAAUUCUUCCACAAAGUCCUUCCAGACGCCCGAUGUAUCGCUAUAUACCCGGUGUGGGACUUCCAGCGAAGUCGCUGGUUCACUGUGAGCUUGGUGUGGACGAAUGACCCGGGCCGUGUGCUAUCUGAGCCGAAGGACCUGACGUACAUGGCCGCAUUCAGCAACAGUGUCAUGGCCGAGGUAUCGCGCAUGGAUGUUGAAGCUGCUGACCGAGCCAAGAGUGACUUUAUUUCUUCCAUUUCGCAUGAGCUCCGAUCUCCUCUCCAUGGUGUGCUGGGGACAGUCGAGCUCUUGCAAGAGACGGUCACGGGGCGACUCGAGGACGGAAGUUGGACAAUCGAAAGAGGAUUCGGCAGCGAAGGUCAAUGUGCCCGGCAUGGUCCAACUGAAAACUUGAGCGCCUUGGUGCAAGAAGUUGUGGAGGGAUUACUUGCCGGGGCCGAGUUCUAUAGCCGAGAAACAGACUCGGUCGGCGAAGCCCAGAAACAGAAGAGUCGGUCCAACUUGCUUCAGAAAGGGGGCGACGAGGGGAACAUUAUGACGAUUGUCGACAUCGAGUAUGAUGAGAACUGGGAUUAUCGCAUCUACGCCGGAGCCUGGCGCCGGGUGGUGAUGAAUCUGUUCGGAAACGCGAUCAAGUAUACUCGAGGAGGGUUUAUUCGACUCUUUAUGAGAAAAGAUACCCUGGUCGUUGGUGGCAAGGAGACUCGAGCAGUCCAUAUCACCAUCAGCGAUUCCGGCCGUGGAAUGUCCCAAGAUUUCCUGCUUCACCACCUCUACAUCCCAUUUCUCCAAGAAGAUACCCAGUCGCCCGGGCUGGGGGUAGGACUCCAUUUGGUGCACCAGGUUGUUAACUCUCUCCAAGGUAAAAUCGAGUUCAAGAGCGAGGUCGGUCGCGGUACGGAUGUGGAGGUGAUUCUUCCCGUUCCCGAGCAAACGUCUAGCCCCGUGUCCGACUCCUCGCCGUCCCGUUUGAAGGACCAAUUGAAAGGCAAGACCGUUUCAUUCUUCACAGAAAGCUCCAAGCAUGGCGCCCUUGGGAUUAAACCGGAAGUGUUUGACGAAAUUCGAUACAGUCUUGGCCGGAUGGCCCGUGACUGGUUCGGCUUGGAAGUGCUUAGUCCUGAGGAGCUCAAGGAUCGGCCGGCAGAUUUCAUGAUCGUCACCGAGCAUGAAUACAGAAAGAUGGCACGGGAUUCGGCAGAUUCAGAUGUCCGGAGCUUUAUUGAGUCCAAGAGAGGGUAUCCGCUUAUCGUUCUCAGUGGACAGGCGAGUAGCUGGAAGGUGGUGAAGGAAAACAACGGGGACAGGGCGAUCUUCUUAUCCCAGCCCGUGAGCCCCAAAACGCUUGCCACGGUGUUCGAAAAUUGCCUGAACCCUCAAGAGAUCGACCAGGAUGUUUCCCAGGGGUUGACUGCGCGCACGGGCUCAGGCUCAAGGGAAGCCACCCCCGAGCAGAGUAUACUGCAGAGUGACACUACUAGCAACGAUGCAGGUAAAUUUUCAGAGGAAUCAUCGAAGCAAGUUCUCCUAGUCGAGGAUAAUGCAAUCAAUUUGAAGAUCAUCGAGACUUGCGUUAAGAAUACGGGCUUGCCGUACAAAAAAGCAACCAACGGUCUUGAGGCAUUGGAGCUAUUCAAGAACGAGCGAUUCGGGGCCGUCAUUAUGGAUAUCUCCAUGCCCGUCAUGGACGGCCUAUCUGCAACACGCGAGAUGCGCCAUCUGGAGAAGUGUAAGAAUCUGAAACCGGCCGCUAUUGUUAUACUCACAGCUGUUAUCUCCGCCGAAAAGCAGCGGGAAGCGGUUAUCAGCGGUGUUGACCAAUUCCUAACGAAGCCCACGCCACUCAAGCGACUCACGCAGUUAUUGCGAGAGCUGCCUCAACUAAAUGACUGA